AUGAGCGAGACAGCAAGAAGCAGCUUCAUACCCGAAGGCGACAUCACCCGGGACUACAUCUGGGACACCUUAAGAAACUGGGCAGAAGCUGCGCCACACUGGCAGCAGAUCUUGGAUAUCGAAAUAGACACGAAGACGGUACUUAAAAACGAUGUAUACUUCAUAGACGAUGCGAAGAUCCCAGCCAUCGCGCUUCCAAGACAGGACGAGGCCCCUGAGACUGGAGAGACCAGCGAAGGGAAACAGCUGACUGUUGAAAUGCUGUCGGGCCAGGUGGUGCAGAUCAAAGUACCAGCCCCGCACACAGUUACUCAAGUGAAGCAGUGCCUGGAGCCCCGCCUCGGAAUUCCGGCUUUCCUGCAGGGGAUUAUUGCCGGCGCUGAAGAACUCCCAGACGAGGCUGUCGUGACUGGGGAUGCAGUUGCGUUUCUGCAGCGGGAGCCGCCCAUGAUUGAAGCAGAGGACUUCUUGUAUAGCAUGGUCGACAUGUCUUGGGGACCUGACGAUAUUUUCUAUAAGUGGCACGCUUUCGACACCUACAAGAAGUUCCCGAGACUUCAGUCGGAGCUGUUGGAGUGGGCGCUGACUCACCGCAACAUGCAGAACGUGCCCUUGUCCACAGACCGGGUGCUGGGAGUCCUUGAUGUUUGGCUCGACCAAAAUUAUCUCAGCAACAGACCCCAACAGCGAUGGAAAAACAUACCGUUUGGUUCAAUUUGGCAGGAACACAUCCUGAAAUCUUCAAGGACCAUGUGGAUAAGAUCACUGCGUUCAUGCGCCAUUGCUGCUACAGCCCGUCCUUGCUGGUGGCCUACAACGAGCCUUUUGGCCACGACGAUGACUUAG